AUGGCAAGGGAUGUUUUAAGGACAAAUUCUUUCACAGAUUUAAAACUCAGGCUUAUUUCUGAUAGAUCCGAAGAUGGCCGUGUUUACAACAAACCUACUGUCUCAGAAGUGGCUGCACUCAUUGUGGGAGACAUUGAUUCUGCUGAUAAAAGGGACAUCUUAAUUCAGCGCCGCAAUGGUGGUUUGCAACGAAUAGAUGAGUUUCACCCAGCAUAUUUGGCUUAUCAGUAUCCUCUUAUAUUUCCUUAUGGGGAAGAUGGUUACAGGAAAAAUAUAAUGCACAGAUAUCGCCAUGAAACUGAGGUCACUAAGAGAAACCGUCAAAGCAUUAAGGAUUGGUUUUCUUACCGGUUACAACAACGUCGCAAAGAGGCAAAAACACUACUUUACUCAAGACGCCUAUUUCAACAAUUCUUAGUCGACGGCUAUGCUAUGAUGGAAUCCGAACGACUGAAUUGGUUGAGAGAUAAUCAGUCGAAAUUAAGAGUGGGCAAAUAUAAUAAUUUGGCCGCUCAAACUGAUUGCGAUACAAGAAAUGAACACCAAAAGCGAGGAAAACGAGUUGUUCUGCCAUCAACAUUUGUUGGUAGCAAGAGAUAUAUGGAUCAACUAUAUUUUGACGGUAUGGCCAUUUCAAGUCAAUUGGGAUUCCCUGAUUUAUUUGUUACUUUUACCUGCAACCCAAAUUGGCCUGAAAUUAAAAGAGCAUUGUCAGGCACAGGUCUACAACCCCAUGAUAGGCCAGAUAUCAUUUCAAAAGUUUUCAAAAUAAAGUUUGAUACCCUCAUGGAUGAUAUUACAAAACACCAUGUCGUGGGAAAAGUGAUUGCAUCUGUGGAACGUAUGUUCUAUCAUUUGGUUGGGGAGAAACCUAUAUACUAUACAGAUUAUGCACGCAUGGAAAAUGUGCUGGAAACUGCAAGUGUGACUGAAUCAAUGUUUACUGCAUGGCUGGUAGCAAAUGCUAAAUAUGAAGAGGCACAAACAUUAACUUAUGGUCAGUUUGUCUCAAAGUUUGUUUACCACAAAAAAAAGAGAGAAUGGAAACCGCGGAAAAAAGGCUUCACCAUUGGACGUCUCAUAUGGGUUCCGCCAACAACUGGUGAACUGUUUUACCUGCGCAUGAUGUUGACGGUGGCAAAAGGACCAACAACAUAUGAGGAAAUCAGGACCGUGGAUAACAUUCAGUAUGAUACAUUCAAAGAUGCAUGCUUUGCAAUGGGAUUUCUUGAAGACGACAAAGAAUACAUAGCUGCUAUAAAGGAGGCAAGUCAUUGGGGGACUGGUCAUUUUCUUCGAAAACUGUUUGUUAUCAUGCUUUUGUCUGGUGCUGUUAAUCGCCCUGCACAUGUUUGGGAACAAACUUGGCUCCUAUUAUCUGAUGGUGUCUUACAUACACAAAGAGCAUUGGCUGCUAAUCCAGAAUUGGACCUCACACAAGAAGAGUUACAAAAUUUGACUUUAAUAGAAAUUGAGAAACUGCUUCAGGCAAAUAGAAGGACACUAAAGGAUUUUAGUCCUAUUCCAUAUCCGGAUGCUUAUGUUCUUGAACAGUUGGGAAACAGGCUCAUAUAUGAUGAGCGUAAUUAUGAUACAGCAUCAAUGAACUCAGAAUUUGAAAAUCUAUUUGCUGCUUUUACAGAUGAGCAAAGAAGUAUUUAUGAAAAAAUCAUCCACGCUGUGGAGUCUCAAAAACCUGCGGUUUUCUUCCUUCAUGGUUAUGGUGGUACCGGAAAAACAUAUAUGUGGAGAACACUCGCAGCUGCAUUAAGAUCAAAACACGAUAUAUGUUUAACUGUUGCAACUAGCGGUAUAGCAUCAUUGUUACUUCCAGGAGGUAGAACUGCACAUUCAAAGUUCAGGAUACCGGUACCAACUAUGGACAAUUCUACUUGCAAGGUUGAAUUCAACGAUGAUGUCGCAGACAUGUUACGACAGACAAAGCUUAUAAUAUGGGAUGAGGCACCAAUGGCGCAUAAGUAUGCAAUAGAAUCGCUUGACAGAACUUUGAAAGAUGUUAUGAGUGCAGACAAAAAUUCAACUGAUGUAUUCGGUGGAAAGGUUGUUGUUUUCGGGGGCGAUUUCAGACAGAUUUUACCUGUCGUCCCCAGAGGCAGUCGUUCCGAUAUUGUACACUGUGCCAUAAAUGCAUCUUACAUAUGGCAUUCAGUUGAGGUAUUAACAUUGACAAGAAACAUGCGGCUACGAACAGGAUCAACACAGACUGACAAAAAUGAGAUAGCACAGUUUUCAGAUUGGCUUUUAAGAAUAGGAGAGGGCCGAAUAUCUGAGCCUAAUGACGACACCGCCGAAAUCAACAUACCACCUGAUAUUCUGAUAACAGAAUUUGAUGAUCCAAUCGUGGCCAUUGUCAAUAGCACAUACCCUGAUUUCAUAAAUAAUUUCCAAUGUGUAGAUUACCUUAAAAGAGAGAUUCGUGACUACUACAGCGCAAAUUCAGUUGACAAGUCUGAGAUUCAUGACCCAGCAGUAGUUGAUAUCCUCACACCAGAAUUUCUAAGUUCCCUCCGAACAUCAGGAUUGCCAAACCAUCACUUAAAACUAAAGGUUGGGACACCUAUAAUGCUCAUGAGAAAUAUAGAUCAGGCUGAAGGUUUAUGUAACGGCACAAGGCUGUGUAUAACAAAGAUGGCAGCCCAUGUACUGGAGGCUUCAAUAAUGGGUGGUAAAGGUAUGGGAAAUUUGGUUUACAUACCUCGAAUGGACAUGUCACCAUCCCAAUCACCAUGGCCAUUCAAACUGAAUAGGAGACAGUUCCCUAUUAUAGUUUCCUAUUCUAUGACAAUUAACAAAUCACAGGGACAGUCAUUGGAUAACGUUGGUUUGUACUUACCGAAAGAUGUAUUCACACAUGGCCAGAUUUAUGUCGCAUUGUCAAGAGUAACAACAAAAAAGGGAAUCAAAAUACUGAUACAUGAUGAAGAAAAGAAAUUCAGGGAGAAAACUACAAAUGUUGUGUAUAAAGAAGUUUUUAACAAUGUCUAA